AUGGGUGGUUCCCAACUCACAGCGCUCAAAUCGAGCCUACGCGAGGCCGGUCUCUCGCGCACGUCGAACCCCAAAGACCAACGCAAGAAGCGACGACAGACCAAAGCGCUCUCGUCGACCUCCCUCGCGCACCGUCGAUCCCAACUCGAGGCGAUAGCGCAAAAGUUCAAUCCGUUCGAUCGGACAGAUGAAAAGGUCAAAUUCGAGGUCGUGACCAGGAAAGGGCAGAUCGAGAAGACGCCGGGAGGGGCACCGACCAAGUCCAGGACGGCAGGCAUCGAGUUGGUACGUUGGGCAGCAACAAGUUCGCAGGACACCGACUUACUCAGCUCACAUGCUUGCGCAAUCAUUCACAGAGGAAGAAAACGCUCCUCCCUCUCCUCGAAGCCCGAUCCCACGUCUCGACGUUCGUCGACCGACGCUUCGGCGAACAUUCGACCGAUCUGACCCCGGACGAAAAAGCCUUGACCCGCUUCACCGCCGAACGACAAGCUCGCUUGGACGAACCCUUGCCUUCUUCCUCAUCCAGGGAAAGAGGUAAAGGAAAAAAAGCGAGAUUCAACCUCGAGGAAGACGAGGAUGAUUAUUCGGGCGAGGAGGAAGGCGUCGAAUUGACUCAUGGAGGGAGAAAGCUGGGCUUUGGCGAUGAGGAAGAAUUGGAACAUGGUGGAUGGGGUGGGCUAGGAGCAGCAGUCGAAGGCGGAGCUUCUUCAUCGAAUCGAGAACCCCUCCUUCGUCGACGCAUCGCAGCCGGCAUGACCGACCACGACGGCGACGAUGAGGAACGAGAACGUGUCGAUGAGGGAGGGAGAAAGUUGACCCACGCCGAAAUUAUGGAACAAGUCGUCGCCAAGAGCAAAAUGUACAAGCAUGAACGACAGAGAAUCAAGUCCGCCGAUGACGAGAUGAGGCACGAGGUGGAUCAAGAGUUGAAGGACCUUAGGGUACUCCUUGGAGGGACGGGCAGGAUGCCGAAACCGACCGUCGUCAAAGACGCCGAAGCUGAAGGGAGGGACGAUGAGGAAGAUGACGACGACGAGGAGGACGAUGACAACGACGAAGAGGAAGACGACGAAGAAGACGACGACGAAGAAGACGACGACGAAGGCGACGACGACGAAGGCGACGACGAAUCCGGUACCGAAUCCGACGGCUCGACCUACUCGCUCGACGAUGAAGCACUCGAAGCCGCCUUGGCCGCGUCCAAGAAACCCGGUGGCGUCGACCGCGAACUCUUGCGCAAACUCAUCGGCGGUAAAAGUGACGAGUCUGAAUCCGAGACUGAGGAGGAAACUGCACAUGCGGAGAAGGGCCGACUUGCUCCUGCUCCCGUUUACGAUCUUGGGGGUGUCGAUUCCUCGCGACCUGUUGCGGUCGCACCGACGGAAAAGGAUAAUGCGGAUCCUUACGACUCAUACGUGCGCAUGUUGGCGCUCGAACCACGAGGUAAACCCAGUGAUCGACUCAAGACGCCUUUGGAAUUGGCUCAGGAAGCCGCGGACGAGUUGAAGAAGCGCGAAGACAAGCGGUUGAAGCGACAGCGCGGGGAGGACGAUGAGAGUGAUGAAGAGCAGGGUGGGGACGGGAAGAAGAAGAAGAAGGCGAACAAGAGGGUACCGCAGGCUGAUGAUCUGGAGGAUGAUUAUUUGGGCGAUAUGGCUGAUGGGAGUGAUGGUGGGUUUGAAGGCGAUGAGGCGGGGAUCGGCAAAGGUCUUGGGGAGGAGGAGAUGGUCGCUUUUAAUGUCAGCGACGAUGAACGUGAAGACGAGGACGAGGAAGAGGGCUCGGAUGAUGAUGAGGAGGACGAUGAGGACGACGACGACGAUGAAGAAGAUCUCGACGCCGCCGACUUUGACGACGAGCCCGAAUUUGACCAGGACGACGACGAGAACAAGAUCGAGUCGCUGGUUAAGACUCUCCCGCCCAAGCCAAAGCAGCGACCGGAUGCCAACUCGGUCAAACGCGAGCUCCCCUUUGCCUUUCCUUGCCCUUCGACGCAUGCAGAAUUCGUCAAGCUGCUCGCAUCGUCCGGUGUCGAGGAAGCCGAGACGUCGACCGUCGUCAAACGCAUUCGAACCCUGUAUCAUCCCGGACUUGGUCCCUCAAACAAGGAGAAGCUUCAAGUCUUCACUCACGUCUUGAUCGACCAUGCGCUCUACCUCGCCUCAACUCCCUCCAAGACGGCCUUCACGACGAUUAACUCGAUCCUCCCUUCACUCCUGACCCUCUCCCACGCCUACCCUCUCACCACCGCCCCUUACUACGUUAACAAGCUCACAAUGAUGCAAAAGAACUUUGUUCGAGGCGUCAGUCGAGGACCUUUGGACCCGAACUCGGCGACCUGGCCUGGACCGGCCGAGUUGACCCUCUUGCGUUUGAUCGGCAUGACGUGGUCAACAUCGGAUCUUUCGCACCCCGUCGCAGCACCAGCGAUGCUCCUCAUCUCGCAAUACCUUGCUCAAGCCCGUAUACGUUCCUUACGCGACAUCGCGGCAGGUCUCUUCCUGUGCACGUUGGCGAACCAAUACGAGGCGCUGAGUAAACGCUUGGUGCCCGAGGCGUUGAACUUUCUCCAGACGACUUUGAUCGUGAUACUGCCUUCGGGGUACACGGUCAAGAAUGUCCCGGGGACGUUCCCUCUACCUGAUUUCGGCCAAGAGCACGUCAAGGGUCUACGACUGAGUACCAAAGCGAGUGCGAAACUCUCCGAGGAGAGCAAGGCUUCACCCUCGUUGGAUUUUUCCAAGACCCUGACAGAGAUCGAGGACGAUGACGCCCAAGCCAAGGCCGAUCUGGUCUUGGUCGCGGUCGAGUUGUUGACUUCGUUCGCGGAGAUGUACGUUGUCGGACUGGAGGCUUUUAUCGAAUUGUUCGACCCGGUGCAGCAGAUCGUUUCCAAGGCAUUGGCCAAGUCGUUGCCCAGAGCACUAGAGGUGAGUCAGACCCAUCGCACGGAUACUACCGUCACGUUCUGACGCCUUUGCAUCUCUUUCCCCCACAGACCUCUCUGACAACCCUGCAAAGUUCGCUUAAGCGAAUGCUCAACCUCUCUCGCUCCUCUCGUCAACCCCUCACCCUGCAACACCACAAGCCGAUCCCGAUCGCGACCUACAUCCCCAAGUUCGACGAAGGCUUCAACCCGAACCGUCGCUUCGACCCCGACACCCAGCGCAACGAAACCAACAAACUCCGCAGCUUGGUCAAGAAAGAAAAGAAGGGCGCGAUUCGGGAAUUGCGAAAGGACAAUCGGUUCUUGGCGGGAGAGGAGGCGAAGAAGAAGAGGGAGAAGGAUGUGGCGUACGAGGCCAAGAUUAAGAAGAUUAUGGUCGGGUUGGCGGACGAGAGGGCCGAGGAGAAGAAGGAGAAGGGGAUCAAGGAACAUGCCAAGAAGAUGGACAAAGCGAGGAGAGGGGGGAAGCGGUGA